GGGGAGGUGCCUGAGAUGACAUGGGGAAUAAGCAGCAGGGACUGCAGGCUGGUGCACUUGGCCAUCAUCCAUUGUCACCCAAUGGUGGCAGUCUGCAUCGCCCACCUGCCCAGAGAGGUGCUGGAAAUCCAGAAUGACUUGUUCCAGGUGAGUGUCUGUCUGGGAGGGAGGCAGACGUGUGCUGCCAACGUGGUCUGUACCACAGGAAUGGGGAUGUGGAUACAGUCAGUACAACCAUUUCUGCUAGCUGUGUACCUUGAGCAGCCCAGUGUGGUACAGGCACUAAUGCACAAGGGAGUGAACCUAGUUCUGCAAGACCGUAAUGGCAACACCCCGCUGCACCUGGCCUGUGAGCAGCAGAGCUUGCCCUGUGCCCAGCAGCUGCUGCAGGAGCCAGUCCCUGGGCAGCGCCCGCAGGACCUACAGCUCCAGAACUGGCAAGGCCUCACCUGUCUGCACAUCAGUACCCUGAAGGGGAACCUGCAGCUGAUGACACUGCUGCUGCGGAGUGGAGCAGACAUUAAUGUCCAGGAGGGCACGAGUGGGAAGACGCCGCUACACCUGGCAGUAGAGUGCCACAACCGCGAGGCAGUCCAGUUUCUCCUGCGCAAGGGGGCCUAUGUAGACGCCCAGAUGUACAAUGGCUGCACACCCCUGCACCUGGCUGUGGGCCGGAAAGAUGCCGCCGUUGCUGCCAUCCUGUCCCACUCAGGUGCUGACACCCUGCUGAGGAACAUGGAAGAUGAGACCGCCCAGGACCUGGCUGAUGGCAACGAUGAUCUCUUGGCCCUCCUGCCUUUCGAUGACCUGAAGAUCUCGGGGAAGCCUGUUGUGUGCUCUGAAUGAGGGAUCAAACUGACUUCGGGGGCUGCGUCCCCACCUCUCUGCAGGAGGCAACCUGCUGCUGCUCCCUACUCCUUCAUGGACACCUGUAUGCAGCACACUGAACUGAUGUGCAUGGAGAUACAGCUUGGGAAAUCCUUCCCUUUGUAGCAGAGUGCCCGUGGUCUCUGACUUGCACUCCAAGCAGGGAGCAGCUGGAGGAAGGUAGCACCAUGAACACUACAUGAGACUCUUGAAUGGUGCUUUAGGACCUCUGGCUUGUGGGAUGGUACCUGUGCUGCAGAGAGAAGGGUCUGGCAUUCCCUCACACCCUCCCCCCUCAGUUGGGGACAAUUGGAAGGGGACAUCAGUCUCCACGCUGUACCGGAGAGCAGCCAGCAGGUGGAAUGGCCUCUGCUCUAUGCCCCCAAGUAAUAUUGGAGCAAUUGCAGGGCAAGGACCAUCCCUUUUUCCCAAAGAGGCUCUCCGCCACUCCCUUCCUGUUGAAUAAAUUCUUCAUCUAUUUGCCUCUGC